GACCGGGGCCGCGGAGGGGUGGCUGGGGAAAUGCGACGCUCGGACGAGGGUCCCCUGCUGGGCUGCAGCGCGCGCUGUAGGCCGGGGACUUGGACGGCCGUCGGGCAGCUCUUGGAAGCGCCGGCUCUCUUGACGUCACCGCUUCCUCGUCGCCGAAGCGCAGCUGCGCUCGGCCGAAAUGGUGGCAAAACGGGUCCUGGCGUCGCUGAGGUUCCGGAAAGGGUGGCAGCGGGGGAACUCCUCUCCGUAGGAUGCAAACCGACUUGCAUGACAGCUAGUCACUAGUACCUCCGUGAGGCCGAAUUCUAGAGCAGACGUCAAGCUAGUUUGAAAUAUAUAUAUUGUCCAAGAUGAACUUCUUCCUGGAAACACUCAGAGUCAUUGGACUGUCAGUAUAUUUUACACUGGAGAGUUUCGUCUUAUUAUUCAUCCCUGUGCGGAAGAAGAAUGUGACUGGUGAAAUAGUGCUUAUCACGGGAGCUGGAAGCGGAAUCGGAAGGCUGAUGGCUCUGAAGUUUGCUCGUCUUGGAGCUACAUUGGUACUCUGGGAUAUCAGUGUAGAAGGCAACAAAGAGACAGCCAGACUGGCAAGGAAAAAUGGAGCUGCGAGAGUGCACAACUACACUUGUGACUGUAGCAAAAGGCAGGAGGUCUAUCAAGUAGCAGAUCAGGUGAAAAAAGAAGUUGGUGAUGUUAGCAUCCUGAUUAACAAUGCUGGCAUUGUGACGGGAAAGAAAUUCUUGGACUCUCCAGACGCAAUGAUACAGAAGUCUAUGGAAGUGAACACAAUGGCACACUUCUGGACUGCCAAAGCAUUUGUUCCAGCCAUGGUAGCUUCUAAUCAUGGACAUGUGGUAACUAUUUCAAGUGCAGCUGGCUUAGUUGGCGUUACAGGACUGGCAGAUUACUGUGCAAGUAAAUUUGCAGUAGUUGGCUUCGCUGAGUCUCUAGCUAUAGAGAUGUUGGCAUUGGGAAAGACUGGUGUUAAAUCCACAAUUGUCUGUCCAUUUUUCAUAAACACGGGAAUGUUUGAUGGCUGUCAAACCAAGUGGCCACGGUUCCUGCCUGUUAUGGAUCCAGACUAUGCAGCUGAAAGAAUUGUUUCUGGUAUUCUGCGAAAUCAGGUGUAUGUCUACAUCCCGCGUAGCAUAACCCUUUUGAUUGCACUGAAAGGUUUAAUACCUACAAAAGUUGGUAUGCUUCUCGGAGACUAUAUGGGGUAUUUCCAUUUUAUGGAGACAUUCAUAGGUCGUGCAAAUAAGAUUGAAGACAAUAAAUCUCAGUGAACAGCAGCAAAAAUUCCAACUUUGACUUACCUCCUGAGUGUCAGAUGUGUGGAACUCCUAUAAUGCCAAUACUUAAUGUGUGCCUGAAACAUCAAAGAUAGCAUGACUUGUUAGUAAGAAAUAAAAUUAUUUUUGAACUAAAUUUCACUGAUGGUGGAAUAUGAAUGAUUUUUAAUUACAACUCUUUUUAGAACUGCUGCUAUGUCCUUGUUGUAUGUAGCUUGUGAAUUAAGUGAUUUUUAUUGCAAUAAAAUAUUAAAUCUUGGAACAAAUUUGUAUAUAUUAAGGCUUUUUGAGCUUUACUUUUUCAUGUACAAAUUAAACAGCAGCAAUAAUUUUUAAAACUGUUUUUCUUAAUAAAUUAUUUCUCUAACUCCUGAA